CACCCUAAUCCCAGCAUGCACUGCAGAGUGGGUCCGGCCAUUCAGACCGUCGGGAAGAUGGCAGGCUCUGGGGCGGGGCCGCAGAUCCUUGUGCAGUACUUAGUGUUACGAAAGGAUCUAGCCCAGGCCCCCUUUUCCUGGCCCGCGGGCGCACUGGUAGCGCAGGCUUGCCACGCCGCCACCGCAGCCUUGCACCUUCACCGAGACCAUCCGCACACCGUAGCGUAUCUCCAGGACCUGGGGCGCAUGCGCAAGGUCGUUCUCGAGGCUGCUGAUGAGACCACCUUGAAGGGGCUGGCAGAGACCCUGCAGCAGAAAGACAUUGACCACAUGCUAUGGCUUGAGCAGCCAGAGAAUAUUGCCACCUGCAUCGCCCUCAGGCCAUACCCCAAGGAAGAAGUGAGCCAAUAUCUGAAGAAGUUCCGAUUGUUCAAGUGACUGCUGCUCUGGUAGAACUGGAUGUCGUGGGGUCCCGGAGCCAAAUGGCCUCCAUCCUGAAGCAUUGUGGGCUCCUUUAAUGUUGAUGUGCUCUUCCCUUCCAGUUAUGCUGGUUUCUUAAGAGCCAGCCCAAAUUCAAAUUAAAGCCAUCAUUAACAAGUA